AUGGCACUUGCUAAUGUCUUCUCAGAAAUAGAGAAAUCAUUGGACAGAACAGUCUCGAAAGAGGAAUUCUUUCACGGCGUGUGGUCGAAUGAAAAAUCCCCAAAACUUACCGAUACAAAGGAAUUCAACAAUUCAUUUCCUAGUGAAAGUGAUGAAAAAACCUCUUCUAUGGACGACCUUAUCUUUCAUAACGAAGUUGGUAACUCCCUCGAAAUUGAAACGCUUCCCAUAGAUUUGAACCAUGAACGCGACAAGGACAUGUCACAAACCGUCGAUGACGUCAGCCCUGGUGUCCAAAGCGAGGAUUUAGAUUCAAGCUCUCACUCUGCUAGUGAAAAUAUCGACUAUUUCGAUAGCGAAGACGAGUUUUUUGAAACCUACAGGAACAAAUUUGAAGAGUUCCAGUCAAUGGUUGAUUUUGGAGGGGAUUUUUGCAAAACAGAUAAUAAAGACAGAUAUUGUCAAGGGGUAUCCCAGUACUAUAACAUGCCCGUGUUCAUGAAAUCUCUUCAGAAGUUUGCAGACGACAACAAUUUCAAGAUCCAUGACGUUGUGGCAGACGGAAACUGUCUCUUUAGAGCCAUUGCCGAUCAACUCGUCAUUAAUGGUAUUUUUGGCAAUUCCCCCAUUUCGCUACGGGAAAACACCAUAAAAUAUCUUCGUCAACACCCAAACCAGGAAGACGGGUCACAUAUCGAAUCCUUUCUUUUCAGCGAGAGUUGGGAACAGUAUUUGAUGAGAAUGGAGAACCCGGCUGAAUGGUGCGAUCACAUCGUUCUUAAGGCCGCAGUGGACGCUCUUGCUCUCAGAACUAUCGUUUUUAAUGUCUAUGGAAAUGACGUACGGCGAACCGAAAUCUCACUUGCCAAUUGUCAGAACUCCAGUAAUAUGAUGACAAUAUACCUUGGACACCUGGGAGAAUUCCAUUACCUGAGCCUUAGACCAAAAACCUGGGAUAGACUGUGGCAAACUAAAGCUUUGCUUUUCCGAUACAUGGUUUGCUCUGAAGACAUGGAUUUAGAUUUGAGAUCAGAAUUAUUGAGGAACAAUAUUGAUCGUUUUGGAUUGGCUAAAUUUGUUGAGCAUAACAGUAGCAUGCUUGGAAUUGAAUCAAAUUACAAAACACCUUCAAAAGAUCACGGGCAUGCCUUUGGAAUUAUCAAAAAUGGGUAUGAAAUAUGUCCGAAAUACGCCUUAUCCUUCCUUGAACCAGAAGAAUGUGAAGAUUCACGCCAACGUAUGAUAGAGGAUCCCUUUCAUAUAGACAAAAGAACUGGUAUACCACUGCUUUGUCUGUCUUUUCUAACCAUUCAUCUGAUUCCUAGACAUUUUGUUCUCACCUAUUCAUAUGCCUUCAGAGACACUGAGCUAGAUGGAACAGUAUUCCGAUAUAUAGGGACCAACUCAUCUGGAUCAGAUGUAUAUUUAAAAGAUAUUAUGCCUAAGUUUUUUUCACAAAUGCAAAAUGAAAGAGAUGAGGAAUAUGGUGCAACAGUUGUAGCACUGACUUCGGACGUCUCUCAGUCCUCUGUAAUACAAGACACGGAAAUGACUUAUCCGGGAUAUCUCCGGUUAAAAGUCCCUCCGUCUAGCACUGAUUUUCUUUCAACGGAUCUUCAUCGUUAUGAAGGUUAUACCUUUUUAAAGAAGAUGGGUGUGCCCAAUCAACUGACAAUACCACGACAUACAAAGAAAUGCUUGAUUGGUUUUAAAUGCAAGGAAUUUCCACCUAUCGCAGAAGAAUGGAAAUACCGUUGGCGAAUUCAUCAAUGGCCUUCAAAUGCAGUCGUAAAAAUGGUUCAAAACUCUGGAUGUACUAUUAUCCCAAAACAUCAUUCAUCCAGCUCUCAGCCUGAUAUUGAAUGGAAAUAUGACUUCUCAGUAUCAGAGGCGAUUCUAUUUCAUAAUACUUUUACGACACUACAAAUUCAUGCAUUUGAUGUCAUCAAGAUUUUACUAGAUCACUGCACUGCUAGCCUAAACCGAAGGCUUAAGAACAAACACAUCAGGGCUGCUUUUUUUAAUUCGUGCGAGCUUAUCCCGAUUGGAAUGUGGAGCACAAAUAUAGGGGGUUGUAUUUUGUACGUGGUCUCCUACUUGACAACGUGUCUUCAAAAAAAGAAUUUGCCCAAUUAUUUUAUUCCAAAGCGGAAUAUGCUGUUUGAUUUUAGUAAUGAAGACAUCCAUGCAAUUUUUGUUCAAGUGGAAGUUCUGAGGCUAUUUCCUCAUCAAGUGAUGGUGCACAUUGCCGAGAUGAAAGGUUUCAAGUACGCAGCAAACUUGACAACAUCUAUUUUACAGGACUGCAAACGCUUUGCUUCAACUUCAGAUCUAGUGUCAGCUUAUCAAGAUACUUUGAUGCCAGGAACCAUUAAGACUGUUAAGUUUUUGACCAGACGGGGUUUUUACGAACAAGGUGCGAUACUUCUCUGUUUCAUGUUUGAUUGUCAACACAUGUACGGAGAUACUCUGUCUAACACAAGUUUUCCAUGCUUUUCUGCAGCAGAGUUCUACUGCAAUGCUCUAGGCAAUCUAAAUCAUGAAAUAUCUCGAGUCAUGGUAGCAAUGCAUUACGAAACAAUCUUUGGUGAGCGAAUUGUGGAUUUAUUGUGUAACAAAGAGAAUAUAUAUUUAAAAGAUAUUUUACCAUUGGAAAACGACCCAAACAUUGCUUGGCUUCGGGUACCAGAAGACAAAAUUGGAAGCUAUGAGCUACUUGCUGAAUUCUUGUAUGAAUUUGGUAAAACAUCAUUGAAAAGGUUAAAUCGUAAAUUAGCUGAAUCGGCAACCGCAGAGGCAAUCCACUGUUUAGAACGAGCUAUUAAAGAAAAACCAGAGCUAGAUGUUCUUGAAAUAGAAGAUGAGAUGUUAAAAAUGGAAAUUCAUUCUCAAAGAGCAGACAUCUUAAGACAGCUGAAAGAUAAAUUAAAGGAUUGCUACAUUCAGAUGUACUUCAUUUCAAACAUUUAUCGUUCUUAUGAUCCUCUUCAGAAUUAUAUGCACGCGAUAGAGGAACUUUGUAAGGAUUUGCCUGAAGUGAGUGGUAUUGUCAGCGAGAUGUAUGCCUUCUUGAGAAUUCCAAACAAACGGAAAGAGUUUGCAGAUCUUUACGAAAUGUUCAUUGGCACAGGUAUCAAUGCUUUGGAUUAUACAAGACCCUUAGGAUUGGCAAAAACUCCAUCUUACAGACACUGGUGAAAAAUUCAAAUGUGUUGAGUCCAUCAUAGUAGUGUAUUUCAGAUCUAGAGAUCUUAUGGGGCCACCCGUUACUACUACUACUACGCCCCCAUCGUCCAACCUGUGCGUCAUGUGUGCGUCAUGUGUUAAAUUCUUACUUGUUCUUGCAAAACAAUUGACUAUAUAGCUGCAAUCGUUUCAUUAUUGGUGAAGAUUUUGGAGAUUGUUCUAUAUGUUCUUGAGAACAAAUAUCCAUUAAUAAACUUAAUAAAAAGUGAACAAUAAAACAUAAACUAGACCACUAUUGCAUGUCGUAAUACCUUUGCAAUGGAAAUGUCACCCACUGCAUAAGAACAAACAAUUGCAUGUUUCAUAUCAUCAUACCAUAUAAGCAAGUUUCGCCUCCUCGUUGUUGGAUUGCGAAUAGUAAAUUUUGAGUUAACUGAGUGAAUCCAGGCACCUGAAGUGAACAAAUAUAUUUCUUUUAGUUUUUAUUGAAAGAUACAUAAGUCCCUGUACUGUAAUAAUAACUUAUUUAUUAACUAACGUUAUUCAUUAAUUUUUACAAUACAGGGAAUUAUUUUUGCAAAAAAAAAAUAUGCUAACGCCAGCUGCCUGUGUGAGAGAAUGGAUUUUUAUAUUGGGUGUGAAUUUUAUAGAGUUGAAUCAUUGAACCUUUGUUUCUAAUGUGGUUUAUGCUUGCAAAUUGUAAACUUGCAGCCAAUUAAUGAUUUCGCGGCACUGUUAAGGCUUACUAUGAAAAUAUCAGCGGAUUUGAACAUUUAUAAAACGAUGCAUCUAUUAUUACAAAAUAUUUAUGUAAAAUUAUUUUAUCAUGAUACAAAUGUGUGAUUAAAUGAAACAGUAUACUAAAUGCUACUUUGUAUGACACUUAGUGUGGUCCUCUGAAUUAAUAGUCACGUGACAUGUGUUGAUAAUUCUCCCGAAUGAACGUCAAAAACAAAUUUCAAUAUUACAAGGGCAUACUCUUAUUUGAAUUAAAAAUUUGCAUGAUAAUUAAAUUCUAUUUUUCGGGUAGAUUCUGAAAAGUGCUGCUGCUUUGUAUAGAGUUCAUCUUUUAUUAGAAUAAAUAUCAAAGAAAUGAGCUCCGGCUAGAAUUUAUAUGACCUUUGCUUAAUAUUUUACGUAUUUAUAAAUUCAUUCUAUAGAUUUCAUCAAAGCAGCAGCACUUUUCAAUAAAUUAAGCAUUCUCUAAAUUAUAUCCAAAAGAUCGUAAUGAUCUGUUGUUAGUGUAUGCCCUUGUAAAAAGCGGAUUUAGAUUGGUUUCCUGGUGUCAAACAC